ACCUGAGAGCCUCCAUAUAAUUUUAAAUAGGUGGGUCAAUCAAGCGGAAAUUUGACGCGUCCAUCCUGCCCUGCACAAAAAGUAGGUACCUGUAAUGGCAUUACCUUUAAAAGUAGGGCACUUUGUGCAGAUUUCGACUGCUGAUCGCAAUGGGUACAGUGAGGAAAAACAACCAUAUCCACGAAGCGGGCAUUGUAGUGUUGCAAAUAAUGGACAUCUUGUAGUCUACGGUGGCUAUCAUCCUGAAUAUCGAUGUUCAUUUGAAGAAGAUGAUGAAGAAAACAUUUCACCAGAGUAUAUUUUUAAUAAAGUCUUUAAAGAGCUUUGGUCAUUUAAUUUAACAACUUGUGAGUGGCAUGAAGUUAGUACAAGUGGUCAUCCCCCAGCUGAAACUGCAUCCAUGUCUAUGGCAAUAUCUGGUCAAACUCUUCUCUUGUUCGGUGGCACAGGAUUUCCAUGGGGCUUAAAUAGCAACGACAAAAUUUACAUGUUCAACUUGAAAACACAAGCUUGGAAUGUUUUAAACAGUGGUGGAGAAAGGCCACAGGGCAAGUAUGGACAGGCCAUGUGCUUACACCAAGGAUGUAUUUAUGUUUUCGGAGGGUGCCGUCAAGUUUGUCCAGGAGAAUUUCACUUCAACUCAGAACUUCACGAACUUAAUCUACAUACAAACAUGUGGACCCAUUUGCACGAGAAUCUACCCACUGACUUUUCUGAAGACGCCCUCUGUCGGGGAAUGUACAGACACUCAAUAGCAAUUCACAAAAAUAAACUGUUCGUUAUAGGAAAUAGUUGGCAUGAACUGCAAUAUAAAUCACACUUUAUGAAUAAGAUACAUGCAUAUGACCUUGGAACAAGGUUAUGGGAGUAUUUAUCAACUAGACCUUGGGAAUCUAUUGAGCAUUCUUACCCAAAGAGAAGAGUUUACCACACCUGUUGCCAAUGGAAAGAUAGUAUUUAUAUGUGUGGAGGACAUAACAGUAGCUAUAUAUAUGAUGACCUGUGGAAGUUGAAUCUAGAAACAUUACAGUGGUCGAAGCUAAGCGUGUCAAUGCCUGUACCGACGUUCUUUCAUUCAGCGGCUAUAACACCUGCUGGUUGUAUGUACUUAUAUGGUGGUGUAACGUCACUCGGGGACCGCGUAAGAACGUCAGCCAUUUUCAGGAUUUGGCUGGAGGUACCUAGUUUGUUGGAAAUCGCGUGGAACUAUCUACACAAAUACUUCAGUCAUCUUGAUAAACUGUCAUACAUGCAAUUAUACAGGCUUGGAAUUCCACCUGCUUUAUUAGAUAGGCUGAAACCAUACAAUAAAUAGGCCAUAGAUCCUUGUGAAUAAAAUCUUACACCGGGCACACACUGCGCGUUACAACGGUCGGACGGAGAAUCCAUCUGCGUUGACAGUGAGCGCUAGGGGAUGCGUCACCGUCUGCUGAUUGCCGGUGGUAGUCUGAGCAGAUUGUUAAUAAAAACAAUCUGUUGCGCUUCGCGUUGGCCGAUGGCUGUCGAGCGCUGUGCGUGCCCGGUUUUAGUUCAUUAGUUAUGCUGCGGCUGUUUUUAUCAUAAUUUUCCAAAAGUUUGAAACAAUACUAAAUGAAAAAAAGUGUUCUCACUUUCUCUUUAAAACUCACAAGUGAUUUUUUAUAUAUAUAUAUAUAUAUAUAUAUAUAUAAAAUAUACAUAACCUAGGUGUUAUUGUGUUUUAAUUAAAUUUUAAUUCGUUAUUUAUUUUAUAAAUUUCUUUAUAAACAUUUUCUGUUUGGAUGUACUGAGGUCAUUUUAGCAGACACUGGUAUUAGUAGUUUUUAUGCCGAAAUUGAAGAUUACAGUAUGACAAGCCACGCAAUUAUAACAAAAAAAAUUUACAUAAUGCACCCAUGCAAUAUGAACCACAAUGCAAUCUUACAAAGUUUACAGUAUUUAUUUUCAGUUGUGUGAAAACAUUAAAAAAACAUGCAUAAUAAUAAUAAUAAUAAUAAUAAGUUUUACUUAUUCACGGAAACUCAAUUCAGUCUUUUUACAAAGAUUUAAAAGCAAAUGAAAAACAAAAGAAAGUACUAAUAACUGUAAAAUUUAAACAAAAAUUAUCUACAACAUACUGGAAAGAAAAGUUUGACAAAAUUUUUUUGAAACUCUUCAGAUCUUCAGCAUUUUUUCUUCAUCUAUUGUACUACUGUAGCUAGAACUGAUUCUGUUAUUAUAAUUGAUAUUUUUAAAAAUUAUUUUUGUUAAUUCCCAAGUAACUCAUUGUGCUCACAAAUAUAGCACAAAAAUAUAAAUAUGUCUUCUGAGAUUUCUAUAAGAUCUUAACAACCAGAUUGUCAAAUAUUGAUGAAAUUCAUAUUUACACUUUGCUUUACAAAAAGUGAAUGACCUAUCGCUUGCUUCGUCUCUCAGAGUUAGUAGGCCACUACAGGCCAGCGAUUUGUUCUUGAACUUAGGUGAUUGUUGGGAUAUUUAUGGCAGUUGGACAAACAUCUACAGAAGUUGUAAAUACAUCAGUAUAUAGAACGAUAAAGUAUUUCAUUUUGAGCAACAUUUAAGUGUCAAUUGAGGAAGGGGGAGGGUAGAUGAGUGUAGUGAGCAAUUCAAAAUCCUCGUUUGAUAGGAAUGAAUGAUUAAUACACAGUACCCUGCAAAAGCUUAAAAAAUAAUCUAAAAAUCUGUUAAAUAUGACACAUUAAUAUUAAUUGUUUUAGGUUUGGUUUUUGUGUGUUGCUGUCUCUCCCAUAUGCAAUUUUCUAUGUUUGGUAUUCAUGGCCAUAAUUUAUGAUGGCAUUUUUAGACAACUUCUCAGCAAUACUAUUUAAGAAUUUGUUGUCUGUAAAAAGUUAAUUUUUUAAAGGGUUGAACACAAAUUAAUACAAACAUCCACUCUCCUUUAGAUCAAGAUAUAAUGUGUUCGAAAGUUUUUUGAAAACACAAUAUUCUUUCACUUUUUGAUUGGGAAUUUGUAAUGUAGUUUAGAUGUUUUAAUCUUUAUCAUUAUUAUUGUAGUGAAGUCUGAAACAGCUAAAAUUUAGUUCCUUGAAGUUUUGAGAAAAAAGUAAGCAAAAUAGUUUUAGAAAUUAGGUGUAAUUUUAUCAUGUAGAUUUUUAAAGAGAUAUUAUAUUACAGAACUUAUAUUAAUUAAUAAACUAGUAUAAUUUGAAAGGAACAACUAAAAAAAGGAUGACCGAAAGAGGAUGCAGAAAAAUGAAUUUAGGAAUUGUUCAAAGCAGAGACCUCCCGUUUGGGUGAUUAUAUUCAAUGGGACAAAAGCAAUACUAUGUAUGUUACGUAUCAGUUGAUGGUACAAGCCUUUAGGCUGUCACCUAAUCGUAUAUAUUUUUUGUACCAAGUCUGAAUUUGAGAUGUUGAAUUAUGUUUAGAGCCCUUUAAGCAUUUGGUUUAGCAUUAGAAGAAUAGCUUUCACCUGAAAAGUUUUCUCGCUAAUUGACAUUUAUGGGGCCAUUGCUAUAGUCUUUGGAUGUACCCUUGGGUUUCUGGACGUCAAGUUUAGAAAUUUUUGUAGUAGGGCGUGUGGGGUUCAUUUGGGAUGAGUUUUUUUUUUGAUGUGUGUGACUUAUUGAACUCAAUGAUUUUUUAAAUUUUAACAAUUCAAAUUUUUACUUAGAUUUGCAGAUGUGUCUUGAUAUUUUAGGGGGUAGUGUCUUAAUUUCUUUUAAAUCUGAUAAUUUAAAUAUCAAAUUUCAUUCCUGGUAUGCAUUAAAUUGUGAUGUGUAACAAAAAAAAAAUGUUUCUUUUUCUAAAAUGCCUCCGAGGUAAUGGUCAAUGUCUUCGAACGCGGUCGUGCACUUUUUCUAGCCCUGAUGAUGACAUCACAUUAUGACCAUAUAUAGGCACAUUAUGACUAUAUACGGGCAUACAACAGUUUUUUUUUGUCAAUUCAAGAAAAUUUGAUAGUGUGGUCAGUGCAUUAAGGAGCCCACUAGGCUAAUUGGAACCAGUGGUCCUGUCAAAACAAUCCACUUAUGUAUUGACGUAGGUUAAAUUUCACUUCUGAUGAGAUUCAUAGACACAAUUGAUUUAAAUAAAUUUAUAUUAAAGAAAUAAGAAUAUAAAUAGACUUUAUCACCUUAUAUAUUGGGAAAUUAUUUCCAAUGUUCAUUAUUGUUAAAUUGUUUGUCUAAACUUGUGCAAUGCAUUAUUGUAAUCUUCAUUAACUGUUAUGAAGUAAAAAAAAAAAACAUAAAUAUUAUUUGUAUUUUCACCAUGUUUAACUAAUUAAAGAUAACUUACUAUUUAAAUUGAAUAAUACUAUUUAUAUAAUAUAGUAAUUAGUUUAAGAAUAGGCACCCUGGAAAUUGAACUCUACUAACAGUCAAGAAUGUUUAUUCCUCCAACAACAUGAUUGGCUUCUUCCCCUAUGGUUGUCUAGAGUUCCCCGACGGUGGUCCUGUCUUCCCCCCCCCCACAAUGAACCCCUAUUGGUGCUGCCACUGGCUAUCAUUAGAGUCUUUGAGUUUUACAUGAUUGAGUUUAGGGUGUGGUCCAUUAAUCCAUAGAUCCACCAAUAAUUUGAUUUUUUAAAUAAAUAUAAUAAGUAAAAGCAAUGUUUGAUUAGCACACCACAAGUUAUAAUGUCGUUAACAAGAACCUACAGUAUAUAUUUUAAAUAAAUUUUGAAAAUUCUUUAAACCA